AUGACGGUAUCACUCUCACUUUCACUCAAAAGACCAAAAUCAACCAGAGGAGACUCAAGAUCGAGACCAAGAUCAAGUACAUUAUCACCCCCUUCUUCCUCUUCUUCCUCUUCCUGUGUUGAGCCAUUCGACUUAUCAGUCAUUGUCAACGAGAAAGAAUUCGAUAAUCUCGAUUCAGUACAGCAAGUGAUUGAUACUCAAGACAAACGACCAAAGAAGAUCAAAUUCCAAUUGAACGAUUUGCCGGCUUCAGAGGAAAAGAUGUCAUCGAAAUUGAUAAAAGGUAGAAAGAGGUUUGUGACUGAGGAAGGGAAGAAUAUACCUGAGGCUUUGAAUUUAUCUGGUUUCAGACCAGGAUCAGAUGAUAAUCAACUUCUUCCUUCACCAUUGAUUCGACCUUCUUUCCCUAAAUCACCUUAUCCAUUCCCCGCUCCCGCCCCAUCGACCACCCAGAGAUCUGCAACCCUCCUCCCUCCCAAUUCAAACCCAAGAGACAAGAAAUACUCUCAUCGGCGAUCCCGCUCAUUCUCCGAACUGAUCACCUCGUCAAGCUCCAUCACUCAACCAUGGCGAGAUCGGGAGACCUGGUUGGCCAUCCACACUCCUUCUCAGACGCCUCAUAUCACCCAGAGGAAGGGUUCGAUCCCUGCUAGUUUGGAAGAUGGGGCAUGGAGGGCUAGAGGAGGUGGGACAUUUUUCGGAGCAGAUAUGAACGGUCCGUAUCCCUCUUUCAAAGUCAGAGUCAAACCUCUUAGUCCACCUACAAGCCCUAGAAGAUACUUUACUUCAAAACAGCAAGACAUUACCAGCGAGCCUGAAGAAUUACCUCAGGAAGAUAAAACUGACAGUUCCCCAAUGGAAAAGAUGAUUUAUCAACAUCGAUCUCAUUCAGCUUGGAAUGUCGGAAAUACCCAAAACACCUCUUCCUCUCCAGGAUCCUCAGAUGGCGAAGAACACCCAAUGAUACCUACUAAAUAUCAUACUUCACCGCCUAUCCAAGAUGACGAUGAUGACGACUUACUUCCACCAUUAUUACCUCGAAGUAUAACCCGCUCAUCAUCAUUCGAGUCCACUUCCAGGAAUACAACCCCCAUUCCAUGGGCUCAAAGAAGUGGAACUGGAAGUAAUUCACCGGGAAGACGAACCCCGCCCAAAACGCCUUCCAGACAGAAUACCUCACCGUUGAGAAAAGCAAGUGAUGAUGGGAAUCAAACACCUAAAACAUGGAGACAUGUUGAUCCUUCACCUCCCCGUUCUGGAUCAGUCAAAGAAAAGGAAACAUCACCAUUGAUCACUCCUCGAACUCCUGAGAGUCCCACUCGAACGAUCUCGCGAAUGAAAGGUGUAGGCAGUAAGAAGCACAAUAUCAAGAAAGUUGGGGAAGUCGGAGGUGAUACGCCGCUUACACCUUCUUCACCCACUUCGUAUGGUAACUUCUGGGAGGACGUUGAUGGAAGGAGAGAAAGUGAGAGAACCCAACAAUCGCCUAGUAAGAGGUUCUGGAAAGCUUUGAGAUUGGCUUCUCCUGGUAGAAAGCACAGUGAAAAGAGCGAAGUGGACAGAGAUAGUUUGCAUCAUGGUGAAGACCAUGUCAGUCCUAGUAAGAGAAGUGGCUGGUUCUGA